AUGGCGACUCCGCCACCACCACUGAUCCUCCUCCUUCUCGUCCUCCUCGUCACCUCCCACCCUCGUGCCACGGCCUCCACGCCGCUCUCCACCUCCCCGUUCGACGCGGCGCUGGCCGCGCUCCAGUCGCGGGUGGGCUACGCCCCGCGCGCCGUCCCUGCUGCGCCGCGCCAUGACGCACGCCUCCUACUCCCGCGAGAACGGCCGCGCGCUCGCCGUCCUGGGCCUGGCCGCCGCGGAGUCCGCCGCGGCGCUCCGCGCCCUCCGCCGUGUCGCGCGCCGCCAGCGAGGCCGCCUCGGGGGCCGCGUGCGCCAGGGCCGGGGCGCACCUCGGGAUCCCGGACGUCGUGCGCGUCGCCGGCCGGACCAGCGCGUCCGCGCCGACCGUCGUCUGCGGCGCGCUCCGGGCGCUCGUCGGCGCCGUCGGGGAGGUGUUCUGGAGGCUGCACGCGCUCACUUCGUCAGCCGCCGUCGCCGCGGUGUGAUGUGAGAGGCCGGGCUGCUGGACCAUCCGACUGA